GAGCUCUACGUGAAGCAGAUCAUGCGCAUCCUGGCGCUGGGCCUGCGCCACUGUCACAACGCGGGCAUCGCCCACCGGGACCUCAAGCCCGAGAACGUCCUCGUCUGCGGCGACCCGGAGAAGUGGGCGACCGGCGGCGCGACGGACGGCAUCGUCAAGCUCUGCGACUUCGGCCUCUGCGCGACGAUCACCGAGGGCGCCAAGCUCACGGACUUCGUCGGCAGCCCGGGCUUUUUCGCGCCGGAGCUCAUGACGCGCAAGGAAUACGACGGCGCCAUCGCGGACAUGUGGUCCCUCGGCGCCGUCAUGGUCGAGAUGGUCCUCGGCCACAACGACUUCGACGAC